GAGAUCGUGGGGGACCAACCUGAUACCUUGCCUUGUGCCGAUUUCUUGGGGGAACAACAUCUCUAACGACCAGCAAUGGACCAACUCAAACCACAAUAUGCCAUGUAUUCUUGGGCUCAAACGAACCCAAUGGCUAACAAGACUGUUGUGGACAUGGUGCCUCCAGAGAUGCUCCAUCUCGUGGAUGCCCAUUGGUAUCAGUUCCCCCCAAUGAAUCCACUAUGGCACGGUAUACUAGGUUUUGUGAUAGGCGUAUUAGGAGUGAUCUCGAUUCUUGGCAACAGCAUGGUCAUUUACAUAUUCAGCUCAACGAAAACUCUCAGGACACCUUCCAACCUUUUAGUCGUCAACUUGGCCUUCUCAGACUUUCUUAUGAUGUUCACUAUGUUCCCACCUAUGGUUAUAAACUGCUACCAUGAAACUUGGGUAUUUGGACCAUUCAUGUGUGAAAUAUACGCAAUGUGCGGGUCUCUCUUCGGGUGUGCUUCAAUUUGGACCAUGACAAUGAUUGCUCUCGAUAGGUACAAUGUUAUCGUUAAGGGAAUCUCAGCAAAGCCCAUGACUAACAAGAAUGCAAUGCUAAGAAUUUUGUUUGUCUGGGCAUUUGCUUUGGUGUGGACCAUUGCACCCAUGUUUGGAUGGAAUAGAUACGUACCUGAAGGUAAUAUGACUGCCUGUGGUACUGAUUAUCUGUCCAAGGAUUGGCUCAGCAGGAGUUACAUUUUAGUUUACUCCAUCUUCGUAUAUUUCUUACCUCUGUUUACAAUAAUAUACUCAUAUUUCUUCAUUAUUCAAGCUGUAUCAGCUCACGAAAAGGCCAUGAGAGAGCAGGCUAAAAAAAUGAACGUCACAUCUCUGAGAGGCAAUGAUGAAAAAUCAUCAGAAGCAAAACUUGCCAAAGUCGCUCUCACGACCAUCUCACUUUGGUUCGUCGCAUGGACACCUUACCUCGUCAUCAACUAUUCUGGAGUUUUCGAGACUGCUACAAUCAGUCCCCUCUUUACUAUCUGGGGAUCCCUCUUUGCAAAGGCCAAUGCUGUAUACAAUCCAAUUGUUUAUGCCAUCAGUCAUCCAAAAUACAAGCAAGCUCUGCAGAAGAAAUUUCCAAGCCUUUCCUGUACCGAGCCUGCUGAAGAUUCAGCUUCAGUGGCGACAGGGGUUACUGGAGUUUCAGAAGAAAAAGCUUAAAGAUAAAAGACAGUAUAUAUCUAUUUUUGCUUCUUUCUGUACUUAGAAUAGAUGCAUGAAAAAUAGAUGAUAUAUGUUCUGUACAA